AUGCGAGUCGAUGACAGCCCACCGUUCGCCGUCACAGGCGUUGAUUUCACUGGCGCAUUGUCUAUUCGAGAAUCCUCCGGAAGUGAAAAGAAGGUGUAUAUUUGCCUCUUCACCUGUGCCUCAACACGUGCCGUUCAACUCGAAGUGGUACCAAAUUUGACCGAAGAUGCGUUUAUGAACGCUUUCCGGCGAUUCGCAAGCCGAAAGUCCAUGCCACACACCGUGUUGUCCGACAAUGCAACUACAUUUAAAGCCGCAUCCCGUCAUCUACAGAAUUUAAUGCAGUCUCCAUCCAUUCAGAGGAAUUUCUCCAACAUGGGCAUCACAUGGAAGUUCAUUCCCACAAGAGCACCUUGGUAUGGAGGCUGGUGGGAGAGGCUUAUCGGUGUUACUAAGUCAGCUGUCAAGAAGACAUAA